GCUUCUUUUUAGUGGAGAUUGGGAGGGUGUUUCGUCUGAGAACAGUUGCAACUAUUUUAUCGGAAGUAGAAAAUUUCUUAAGCACGAGACCCUUAUGAUUUCCGGUACUGGAGUUGUGCAUCUGCUCAACCUUUUGAUGGAAUUGGUAUUUCGGAAUAAAAUCGGAGAUAAUCGGAGUUCUGUUAGCAUUAGUUGUUGCGGAAAUUGUUUGAGUGGAGUUCAUGAAUAGGCCGCGAAGUUAGUUCCUUGAAUACCUUACAUUUAAGAUGUCAAGCGAUUGCGAAGACAGCGAGCCUUCUUGGUGGAAUAGUAUCCAUUUCAAUAGAUUUCUGAAUCAAAUCCGUAGAACAUUAAAUCAAACACGGAUGGCAGCUGAGAAGUUAGCUCCAACUGAACGCCAUCGCUUCGAGCAUGAUGGAGACUUGAUUUAUGAGUGGGAUCAACAACUGGAAGAGGUCAAUAUUUACAUACCUUUGCCCGAAAGGCUUCCUACUAAGCUGCUCUAUUGCACUAUAAAGCCAAAACAUUUGGAGCUAGGCGUCAAAGGCAAUCCUCCUUAUCUCAACGUGCGUGUUUGCAAUGAUCCUCUUACACAUGAUCUAGCAGGGGCAGUGAAGACUGAUUGCUCAUUUUGGACAAUUGAGGACCGCGUGAUGCAUGUGACACUACAGAAGCGAGAGAAAGGCCAGCCUUGGCCUUCAGCCAUAGCUGGGCAUGCUCCCUUAGAUCCACUUAAGACUGAGCAAGAGAAGCAGCGUCUAAUGCUGGAAAGAUUCCAAACAGAACACCCAGGCUUCGACUUUUCCAAUGCUGAGUUCAACGGAAACGUACCAGAUCCAAGCAAAUUUUUAGGCGGUAUGCAACAUUAAUCAGAUCAUGAAACUAGGACAUACGCACUACAACUUUUUAUAUUACGAUGUUCGACGGCUGUGGUCUUCGACUGGAUAUCCAAGUGAAUAUUCAAACACUGGUUUCCAAAGAAAUUUGGGUGAAAGAUGUCGAUUCUUUUGUGGACACGACGCUAUUACCUGCGCAUAGGUUAGACUAUUGUGCAAAAUAUGUCCUGGUGGCUUCCAUUGUGAGGAAGCGCAACUGAAAGAGAAGCCCGUUCUUUGAAAAAACUUCGAUAUCCUUCUUAUCAUGCACAAUAGCGUUAUGGAGUGACUCAUUUCAUUAUUUCUGUGUUACUUGCCUCGAAGCUGAAUUCCUUCCAAUUCAUGGAAUCUAAUAUCGAACCCAAUAUUGAGCAUUGGUGACUGAAAUUAAGUUAUUGAUCA